AUUAGAGCUCACCCCUCUGCAAUGGAAGUAAACCCACAAACCCGUCAGACCUCGGUGACUGGACUGUGCCAAGCCCUGACCGCCUCAUGGACGAGCAAAAGUAAAGAGUGAGAGUGAAAAUCAUAGCAUUAAACGAUACGAUCAUUGUAAAGAGUAGAACAAGCCAAGUCCAGAAAGGCGGCAUCCAUCAUGACUAAAGAGGAGGAGAUUGCCCUGCCUGACUGGGUUGGAGCAAGAGAGUUUUAUGAUAAAUAUGACCCCAAGGAGAUAUUGGGAAGAGGAGUGAGCAGCGUGGUCCGUCGAUGUGUGGACAAACGGACUUCUCAGGAGUAUGCUGUAAAGAUCAUUGACAUCACUCCUUCAGACAAGAUGACUCCACAAGAGAUUGAGGAGAUCAGAGAGGCCACAGUCAAAGAGAUUGACAUUCUUAGAAAAGUCAGCGGGCAGAAGAACAUCAUUCAACUCCAAGACUGCUAUGAGUCAAAGGCCUUUUACUUCCUUGUUUUUGACCUAAUGAAGAGAGGUGAACUGUUUGACUACCUCACAGAGAAAGUAACCCUUAGUGAAAAAGAAACCAGGAAGAUAAUGCGAGCUUUACUUGAAGUUGUCCAGUUUCUGCAUUCCCAGAACAUAGUCCACCGUGACCUGAAGCCUGAAAAUAUCCUUCUAGAUGACAACAUGAACAUCAAACUCACAGACUUUGGAUUUGCUGUACAAAUUCAGCCGGGGCAGACACUUAAAGAGGUAUGUGGAACUCCGGUUUACCUCGCUCCUGAAAUUAUUGAAUGUUCCAUGGAUACAGCACACAGCGGAUAUGGUUCUGCCGUAGAUCUGUGGAGUUCAGGGGUCAUCAUGUACACCCUGCUUGCAGGGUCUCCACCUUUCUGGCACAGGAAACAGAUGCUGAUGUUGCGUAUGAUCUUAGCUGGAAAAUAUGACUUUUCAUCUCCAGAAUGGGAUGAUCGCUCGGACACUGUCAAGGAUUUGAUUUCCCGAAUGUUGGUUGUGAACCCAAAGCAUCGUUACACUGUAACUGAAGCUCUCAGUCACCCAUUCUUUUCACAGUAUGUGGUGGAUGAAGUAAGACAGUUCAGCCCAUAUAGGAGGUUUAAGGUCAUUUGCAUGACAGUGCUUGCAACUAUGAGAAUCUACUGCAAUUAUCGGCGAGCUAAGCCUGUUACCAAGGAGGUAAUCAAAAGUGAUCCUUAUGCAGUCAAGCCCAUCCGCAAGCUGAUAGAUGCCUGUGCAUUCAAGAUCUAUGGCCACUGGGUCAAAAAGGGACAAACACAGAACAGAGCAGCUCUUUUUGAGAACACUCCUAAAGCAAUCCUGUUGUCACUUAUAGCAGAGGGCGAUGAGCCUGCUCAAAACAUGUGGUAAAAUGUAUAUAUUUAAUGCACUUGUUUCUCAGGGGACAUCACCUGGAAGUAAUCCAUACUAGGUGAUGCUUCAAUACCUCUCCAUAUAAAAACCUUGAGAUUAUACUCUUGCCUAAAUUAAUUACAGAUCAGUUCCAAUCUGGUGCAUAAGAGAUCUCCACCUGUCCUUCUUUUUCAUAGUGCCCAAACUUCCAGCAACUUUAAGUUCUGAAAGUAUGAGGAAAAGUUACUAUGAUGGAAAUGUGAAGCAAUGGGCUCAACGUUUUAUGCAGAAGUAACGAAAGCUUUUUAAGAUCAUGUUUUAAACUAGAAAAUAUUAACGUUUACUUUAUGCUUACUAGAAUGUACUUAACUAUUGUGUAUAUCUUGUAACCACUUGUCACUUAAACACCCAUUAUACAAAACAAAUAAAACAU